UUUAGCCUAGUCUGUAGGGAGCUGUUGUAGGAGUAAGGUGUGGUUAGUGUUGCUGCUGAUAAGGGCGGUCAGGUGCUUAUUACUCAUCACAGUGCGAUUUGGUGGACAUAGAUUUAAUUUGGACCUGGUAGGAUUUGAGGAUGUGAGCUGUCGUCGCAAUAAUACAAGUGUGAUCGUGAAAGCUUUCGAAUUCCUCUGAUCGUUUGAUUGAUUGCUGUAUGUCACAGACUGGCUUCACAACAAGGAUCAUCAACCUAGCACACAGUGUCGAAAAAGUAUCUCCACAAGGAAGCGAUCAGUUUCAAAUACCUUUAUGUAUCCAGAGCUUCCAGCAAAUAUAGCGUUUGGGUAUUUGUGCACCGGUGCUGUAACCGACCUUGCUUCAUUCUGGUUUAGUUCAGACGGCUGUUGUUGUUGGGAUUAUAGCCUUACUAACCCCUCCCUCAUCACAAACUGCGAUGCGCAUCUUUGAAAAGACCAGCCAGGCAGAAAAGCCUGAUCUGAUAAUUUAUUGAUGGUACUGAACUGAGAUUUGUUUGGUGACUGCAAACGUUUUCUUCAGUUGCGUGUAUUUCAGUGAACGAGGCUGAGUUAUCAGCCAAUUGGGACGAUAUCUAGUGCAUACAAAACAAGAAGACAUUAGGGCAAGUGAGACAUUACAAGUUAUCUUAAAGUAUUUUUUUUUGUGUGUGUUAUAUUUCCACGAACUGAUCAUCAUCAAAACACUGAGAAAAUGCCUAAAGUAUUUGGCUGGGCUAAAAAACUAUCUGGCCAUUCGUCGAAAAGUUCCAAACGAGAUUCCGAUUCUGAGAGCACAAGUUCAAGCGCAACACAAAGCCCCGAAAAGAAACCAAAGGCUUCAGAUGGUGACGGUUUCGUUCGCAACCCGACGUCCGAGAACAGUCAAAAUGUCGACAAAAAGUCACUUCCAACCAAACGACCAAGUUUUAUCAGGAGGUUAAGCCCGGAAAAACGAUAUUCCACAGAUAGCAGCAAAUUAUCGCCCGAAAAUGGCCUAGCUCCCGACAAGAAAGGUGGCCUGGAAAAAAGGCAUAAUUCAGACAGGAGAACGAGUCCUGAAAAGAGGCCCUCUGGGUUUGCUCAGCGGUUUGCCUCCUUUAGAAUCAGUAAGCUGGACAAAUCUUCGAAAGCUAAAAGGAAGAGUCCAGAACCAGAGUUAUCAGAAAGCACAGAAGUUCUUGAGCAAAAUAGUGAGACUGAACUACGUCAAGAUAAUGCGCCUUUGACAUGCACAGGCGCGUCCUCUCCGGUUACGGCGAAAGAAAAUGUGAUUACUGGAGCGGUUUCUGAUUCAGGUAAUUUGGCUGCAAAAGAAACAAGUACCAAUCCCGACAGAAUCUCGACUCUGGACCAAAAGAAUAAUUCUUCCAACGAGCCAGAUUUGAAUAAUGAUUUACCCAUUAUUCGUUCACAUAAUGACCAAAAUUCUAAUGACUCUUCAGUCAUAGAGAGAAAUAUAAAUCCGAGAACAUCAAGAGUUCCCGCAAGGCAGUCAAUAUCAGAAAAGCUUUAUGGGGAAGUCAUUAAAGAAUUUGACAAGAUUCGUACCACAAAGCCUAGAGUUCCCAAAAUUGAAUCCGAAGUCAGUACAAGUGAUGAUUCUCCGCGGAGUGCAUCGGUUAAAAGUGCCAAGUUAGACAGCGAUAACACUGAACAAUGUCCCAAUCAACAUGCUGAUGAUAAAAUCGCAAACAGCAGGUUCACAGUGUGCGCCGUUUGUGAAAUCGGGGACGAAAAGUCCGACUCUGGUGACAGUGAUAAAAAAGACCUUGUACCGGCACCAGAAAAUGCAAAGGAACAAAGCUGUAUUUCAGAGCACCCUCCAGAGGCUACCAAAUCAACCAACGAAGAUACUGCAGAAGAUCUGAAAGCAUCUGGUGCAUUUCCUUCUGGAGGUUCUAUCCCACUCCCCAUUGAUUUCAAGGAUCGGGCACCAUUAGCAUCGGAUGAUUUCUCGUUCAUCGAUGACGAGGAACCAACGGAAAUCUCAGAGAAUGAGCUAGAUACAGAAACCUGUGAGAGCAAUACUGAUGUCAAAAUAGAAUCUGAAAAAAAUGAAGGUGAUCUCACCCCUGACUCCUUUCAAGCAUCGUCCGAAACACAUGAAACAACUACGGAGGAGGAUCACGUGAUUACAGAGGAACUCUCAGCUUCUUCGAAUUGUCAAGAGAUGCCAUCUCCCGCCUCAGGGGAGCACGAUCUCCUAAGUAGCGAGGAUUUGUCACACGAUAAGUCAGUAAGCCCUGUUGAAGAGGUGAAAGAGAGUGAGUCAUCCAUAUCAUGUGAUGGUCAAAAUAUCAAUCAUUUGAUUGCUGAACCUUACAGUAAUGGCUCAGAAUCCUUAGAAAGUAGACCAAACCAGAGUGUUGAGCAAGAAGAUAAUGGAGACAUACAUUCACCCGAACUUUCUGUGAAUGGAGAAUGUAACAAAAUAGUUUCAGAGGAAAGACUAAGUUUUUCAGAGGAUUCUAAAGAUAAUCAUGAAAACAUUCCUAAAGGAACAAGCACAGCACAAGAUGACACAGUGAACACAGAUGCUGAUGACGAGGAACUGGCAACUUCUUCUUCCUGUAAAAUCAACGGUAAUGGCGAGUUAACAACUAGUUCUAAUCCUCAGUUAGACGAAGAUGAAAAGAAAUCUGAAAAUGUAGAUUCUUCUCCCUCAAACAAUAGCUUUGCAUCAGAGGAAAUGAAAGCGGAGAAUGGAGUGACAUUCAAAGAUGAGAUGCUGGCUCUUUUGGAUAAAACAUUCCUUGGUGGCAAUGCAGACAGUUUGGCUGAAACUGAGGGUGAAACCAAACAAGAAAACAAUAACGACGGAUCACCAAGUAAAACAGUCAAUGUUCUGACUGAGACAGAGCCUAAAAUAGACUCUCCCCUUGAUGGCGGCCCAUAUGAUAGCAAGUUGACUUUACAAGAAGUGGAGAGUCAGUCGUCUUACGAGAAUGACAGCGAGUCUGCCAGUGAAUGCAAAGUAGACUCAAAUAAAGUAGCGAGAGAAAACCUAGAUAUAUCUGUACCAGAGAGAAAGAUAAGCAUGCCGGCACCACGUACUUGUGCGUAUAAUAGUGAUAGGCAAACAGAUGAUAAUAGCAGUUUCGAUGAGAGCUACGAGGAAUCUUAUAAAGAAGGUAGAGGGUCGUCACUACCCUCAUCCCCUCUUGCCCCGCGUCGUAAGAAGAAACCUCAUCCUGUACCUGCAGCUCGCACAUUUUACACACUAGGCUCUAAAUCGAGUUUGUCAAGUAUAUCUGGCAGUGCUACUCCUGACUGUCAAGACCAGAGAAGCGGUUCCUGUAAUACUCCUCCUCCAAGGCCUCCAGCACCUUCCAUGUCUCCUGACAAGCCACCUAUACGAAAAAGGUCAUCAACUGUACCCUGCAAAACAAGUGAAACAUCAGACUUCAGUUCGACACGAGCUAAGGCUGUCUGUUCAUCAAAUGGAGAGAGUUCAGCCGCCAAAAUGGUCUCGACAGAUAGCACGAUAGAUACUUCGUCUGACAGCAAGUCACUGAAUCCAUUUGAAAGUGACGAUGACGAGGAAACAAGCAGUACCAAGGAUGAGCCCAAAGUAGACACGCAGUCUUAUAAGUCCUCUAAAGAUCCACUUAACCCAUUUGACAGUGAGGACGAUGAAGUUGAAGAAACAGUGAAACCAGAUCAUGAAGAAAGGAAACGAGUAUUACCUCCAGCAGGUUACAACCCAUUUGAUGAAGAGGAUGAAGAAAACGAAGAGAACGAGGCGCCCAAGACUACAAGUAAAGAUGUACCAACGAAUCCUUUUGAUGAAGAAGAUGAAGUAAAAGCAAUGACGCCCAGAGGAUCUCUUUAUCAACACACAUUCGUAACACCUGACUCCUCACCAUUCCGGAGGGAAGGCACGAGAGCUUCGCUGCCAAGUUCCGGACGAAUUCUUUACAGCAAAAAGAAACGGCAGGCACCUUUACCACCGGGCUACGGGAGUUCAGGCACAGUGAGCGCAUGCGCCACGCCGCUCCUCCCGAGCCGGACGGCGCUCUUCCGAGGCGAUUCCUACAGCUCCCUUGACCGCAGUAGUUUGAGGAAGAGCUCCGCCACAUCCUACAGCACGCUAUCCUUAACGUCGCCGAAGAAGACGCCUCCUCCAAGACCACCUCCUCCUAAAGCCAGAGCAAUUAGUCUGGCGCAGUUGAAGUAGAUAUCGGACAGCUUAAAGUGACUGUGCUUAAAAUCAUACCAAUUUCUUGUUAUGUACUUCUAAGUCAUUGUUAGUCUCAACAAAUAUCCUCAAAAUAUUUAUCGUUAGCAGACUUUUAAUGAAAACAAAUUUUAGAAAUUAAUGUGAAUUGGUCGAAGCUUUAAUACAAAAAGAAAAACGCGAACUUCAAUGAAGAUGACACUGGCGUGAGUAUUUACCUAAUUGCCUGGCCAGCUUUGUCUCCUUGUUUUAAUUUACCUCGUUUUGACUCGGAAAUGUCCCAUAGCAUUCCACGAGCACAGCAGGUAUGGGUUUAUGAUGUAGACCAUAUAUUCUUAUCUGCAUUUUACGAUUUAAACUUCUCAUUAAUCUCACCUUCUUUUUACAAAGUUGCCAGGUAGCAAUUCAUCUGUAUUGGAGAAAUAUAUUUAUUUUCUGAA